UACAUGGGCAUUGAGUACCUGUCACUUUGGAAACUUGGAAAAUGUCUAGUGUUUGUGGAGUGAGAGGUGUCAUCCUUCCAGAUGAAACUAUAGUAGUUAGCGAGACUGACAAGUUCUUAUACGAUAACCUCUUAGACUUAUUGUCAUUAAAGUCGAAAAAGACGUUAUUGUUGCACAGAGAGCUAACUCCUUCAAAAACCUUCCAAGAGAGAACAACUGAUUCCGAUGGAUCAGAGUUGAGCGACUUAGACGUCACUGGAUCACCGCUGGAAUAUGAGCUGGGCUAUCCAAAACUUGACGAAACUGUCUAUGACUGCAAAAAUUGGAGAAAAGAAGCAGAAUUUCAUUCACCAUUAUCCACGUUAGAAGCAAGUGCCGCAUUGAAUUACUAUUCUGAGUAUACUUCUGACGAAGACCGGAAAUUUCCUCUGUUGGCAAUAUGCGACGGAAAAGAUGCCAAUAAAACGGUAUUGCUGGGUUCUUACUACGAGGAUGGAUGGUUUACUACAACCCAAAUACAAGUUUUGGAUGAACAAAAAUUGAUAAACAUUGAAAAGCUUCCUGGCGCACUACUCAAAGAAUAUGUCGACACCUUUUUAGUACAAAAGCAUAAGGUAUGUAUAACCACUAAGAGUACCUACGAAUUGUGCGGAAGGAGACCAGGGCUUACAGAUUUAUCGGAUCUGCCACCGGGUGGUUUCAGUGGUAAUUUGAGCAUUGAAGUAAACUGGAAUACUUCGUCAUUUCACGCUCCGGUCAUGGAUUCAACAACUACAUUGGUCAUGGAGAUUACUCCCUACUGGGAUGGAAGUCGUUUGAAGAAUUUGUGGAAAGAGUUAAAAGUACUCGACCAGUAUUUAAGCAUUUUAGAGCAAUCUCAGAAAAAUGAAAAUCUGCCCACACUUGCUUCAUUGAAUUCACCUAUUUCAGAGGAGAAUAGAGGAAAAUUAAAUAAAUUAAUAAAUGGAGAAAAUGAGCGGAACGAAUCUUAUGGAAAUAAUAAUGAUGACAAUGAUGGGCACGUUUCUGAUGACGUAAAAUUGGAAAAAAUUGUGGCCAAUAUUCAAUUCAGAGAAAACAUGGAUUUUGCUGAUUUUUUAUGGGAAUUCCUUACAGGGUGUCCUGAAUACACACAAGUAGCUGGCUGUCUUCUUACCUUACUCCAAGAAGUCCAAUCAGGCUACGCUAGACCUCAAGCUAUCUCAACUAAUUCAGCGAAAAUCAACAAAAUCAUAUCUAACGUGAUCUUUCAAAGAGAAGCGAUGCCCAUAAUUAGUGAAAAUUUACUCUUGGAGCUUUUAAUAGAUGCCGGCUUGCGGAAACUCGGCAAAGAUUAUACUUACAUACUAUCGUGCGCAGAUUUGAUUGAUCUUUGCGAUAUUCGGGCAACGCUGUGUAGCGUACAGGAUGGAACAUUUGACAUUGAAGGCUACCGAAAUAAGCUGACGUCAUUGGUAGCGAUACAUUUGUGCCUAGAGUUUACAUUGUUUGCGCAAAAUUACUUGAAUUGUGCAACUGUCAAUUUAAAGCACAUCCUUAGACCUGCUUUUCGAGAACACACAUGCAAAACUUCAACUCUCAAAUCAUCUACGGUCCUAAAUGAGAAAUCGAUACAAUCUUUGAAAGUCGUGAUACCAACGAUCGUAGUAGAUGACAUUAUACAAGGAUCACCUUCUUCGUGGAGUUUGACGUUGUCAUCGAAAUCCAGUGUCGCAAAAGAUACCACAACAUCACUUUUGACCCGAAAUCCAAUUUUCCCCCCGAAUAUUUACUCCUUUGAUUCAUGCAACAAACGUGAGGUAUAUCACUUUUUAAAGCUUUAUUCAGCAUCUUCAAAAAUUGCCUAAAAUAACCG